AUGUCAUGGCUGGCGCUCGAUGACAGCAGCGCACGUGACGACCUGCAGCGCCGGAUGCGCGUUUCCUGCGGCUGCGGCCAGAUCCGCGACUGCUGCUUCGGUCGCGCGGCUGCCGUGACUUCCUCGCUUGACAACCUGCGCGCUACAACUCCUUGCGCGCGACUGCUGUUCAUGGCGCCCGUGGCAAUCGGCAGCAGCGGCUGGCGCACGACUGCAGCAGCAUGCGCGCCGCUGCAUUACAUCGCAUGUGGCGGCUUCUGCUGGUGCGCGCCCUCCCCUUGCCAUUUCGGGCGACCUUGUGGCAGCAUCUGCACUGCGAUACUUGGCUCUUGGCAGGUGCGGGGCCUUCUCACAUCAGCAGCUUCCGACGCCGCACCGCUGCAGCUGCGUGCCUACUCUGUCGUGACUUGCGAGCGUGAGCGGCUGCAGCCGGCAUCGGCACCUGGCGCUCUGGCGCGCACGUCUGCAGCUCCUGGUGGCGCACGGCUGCUGCUCCUGUCGGCCCACUGCUGCUACUCUUGGCGGCCCACUGCUGCUACUCCUGGCGGCCCACUGCUGCUACUCCUGGCAGCGCACGGCUUUCUCCUUCCUACCGAGGUUCUCUCCCCCUAUACCAGGUGGAGUCUUAUAAAGGAACACUACAGUAAAACCUACAGCAAGGGGGAGUGUUAA